AUGAGGCUGCAUCAGCUGCAGACGGCACAGGCUCGCGCGAAUGAAGGUCACCUCCCAGAGGCCUGGGGCACUGGGCCGGUCUUGGAGGAGGCGCUGCGCACGCGGCGCUCCGAUGGCGCCACGGUGGAUGACCUGGAGCAGGUGAAGGCUGCUUUGGAAGAGCUCCGGCGGGGUGGGGAGGAAGAGCGGCUCCACCGCAGUCAGCUGGAGGAGCGAGUAUUGCGGGAGAUCGAGGACCUCAAGUCCUUCUCGCCCUGCCCCUCCUCGCCGAGCCUAGCGACGCUGGAGCGACACCCCACCAGGAGUCAGAGUCGACAGAAUCUUCUGGCAGAGGAGCGCGAGCGCAAGCGCUCUCAAGCCAACGAGGCACUGCAUGCUGAGGUGCUGGAGCUCAAUGAGACCCUGGCCGAACUCCGGGUGACGUGUGCUGACGAGCUCGAGGCGCAGCGCCUGGAGAAGCGCCAGGCCCUCUCCGAGCUCGCCCUGGCACAGGAGCAGCUCCUGCAAGCGCCCUCCCGCGAGGAGGCUUUGAAGGCAGAGUUGGUGCAGGCGGAAAUGGAGCUUGGAAAGGCGCGGCACGCCGUGAAAGAGCAAGACGAAGCUCUGAGAGCAUUCUGGAGCCUCCAAAACGCCUACCAGCACGAGCUCGAGGAAGUGGAGAGGCAGAGGAAGCAGACAGCAUUCCUGCACGAGGAGCUCCAGGCCGAGCAAUCCCGGAGCCUCCGCCGCAGCGCCGAGGCCGACGCGGCCGGCGCGCUCAGGGCGGAGGUGGCCAAUCUCUCCGGGUGCCUUCGACCCCUGGAGCAGACCAUUGCCGGCUUCGGCGAUUGGGAGCAGACCUGCCGGCAGAGUCUGAAAGACCUGCCGAAGUCCUUCCAGGACGAAGUAGAAUCGCUGAUGCCGGAUCGUGGCCACGAUCGUGGUUACAACUCCCCGGCCAGCCUGGAUGCAGAGAUCAGGCAGCACUCCGAGUGGUGCUCCGCGACGAUCCGAAAGCUCUCCGGCUUCGCUGCGUCGAUGCUGCAGGAGAACGCGAGGUUACGGCAGGCCAUUCUGGAGCCGCCGGCCUCAGCAGACGAGGCUGGUGGUCGCAGUGUCAACGUGGCGCGGCGGCAGCUGAACAUGUGUUUGGAGGCCUUCAGCCGAGGCCGCGAUGAAGAGGCCGCUGCAGCUUUGGCAGCGGCGGAAGGAGCCAAGCUGGAGGACAAGCCCAAGGGCGAGGCACGGCUGAAGGCCAUCGAGAUGCGCUUAACGAAAGCCGAGGGGUCCAUGCGAACUGGGUCCAAGCAGUCGGUGCCGGCCGCCAAGAAGGAGCUUUCUCAGAGGAUUAUGGACGAGAAGCGAACGUUGGGUGUUCCAAAAGUGCGCAGCGCCGGCACCCCCGACAGCUCCGUGGCCUCAGAGAGCUCUGCCGCUGCUUCUCAGGCAUCAGCCUCUCCGCCCAAGGCCUCUGCUUCGCCCCGCUCGCCGAAGCCCUCGCCACGCUCGGCCGAGCAGGGAAAAAGCGCCGCAGCCUCCCAGGGCCGGCAGCGGAGCCCACGGGCGCAGGGCCGGGGCAGCGAAAAAUGCAGCGGCACGGCACCUGUGGCCGAUGGACGCAAGGGCGCGGCUGCCAUUCCCGCACUGGAGACCUUGUCCCUCAAAGCCGAGCCCGCCGAGCGAGGUAUCCCCAGCAGCUGCUUGUACAACAGUGACAGCAGCAGCGGCAGCGGCAGCCGUCCACGGCGGGAUGCAUAUCCUCCAAGUCCAGAAAACUCCAGCCCAGAUCCGCCGAAUGCGCGCUGGACCGCCCAAUUUCGGCCCGUGGAGGGCGACAAGCCACCAACGCCACGGGACGGCGAGGCACCGGCGUCGGGAGCAGCAGGCGGGAGCAGCAUUGAGCCGGCCAAGGGCAGCCAGAAGACAUCGCCUCGCAGUGCGUUGCAGCAAGCGCGGCAGAACGCACGGGCCGCUGGGGUUGGUGGACGGGCGCAUGGCGAGGAGAAGGAACAUGACAGGGACAGCCGGGCAAGGGCGAUGCGGUACCUUGGUGGUGGUGAGAGCGCCGCAGAUGUGUUUGCGCGGGCAGAGGCGCUCUGCGAAGCACAGCGCUUUGCCGAGGCGGCAGAGCUUUUCAGGUGCGUCUUGGCGGCGCUAAGGACGAGCUCUGAACGACACUCGCUCCGGGCCGUGGAGGCUGAAGUCUGGGCUCACCUGGGAGUGGCGAUGCAGUCGCUGGAUGACAUCGCGGCGGCCAUCGAGAGCUAUUGCCAGGCUGUGCGCCUGGACCCCUCGCUACAUGUCUGCUUUGCCAACCUGGCGACGUUGUACAUGUACCUGGAAGACGGCCAGAAAGCCCAGGAGCACAUCUCAAAGGCCCUGCUCCUCGAUCCCUCCAACGAGGCAUACCUUGAGAUCAAACGAUCCUUGUCGGCUGGGACACCGACGGCGUGA